CACGAAAUCACGAAAUAACUCUUUAGGACAAGAGGGGAAUCCUCUUCUAAAGGAGAACAAAGCGACGAAGUGUUGAUAUCCAGGCACAUAGGUGAAAAAAAAACAUUACAUUACAUAAUCAUCUUAAAAAACGACAGUGUAACCGCGUCUCUUCUCGAGCUCUGUUGUUAGUUACACUUCCUGUGUGUUCGAGUUCCGUACACAAACGCUGGACAGGAUAACUUUUGCUUAUUAUAAUGAUGAAGUGUAUAUAGGUGGCAGCCCUGCAGGAUGGCAGAGGAAGGCCGUACGGUGUGCGUUCACGGUUUGCCAACGGACGUGGAUCACGAACGGCUGCGGGACAAAUUACUGAUUCACUUCCUACGCGAGAGGAACGGAGGAGGAGAGGUCACGUCAGUCAGUAUCAUCGGUCGGACACCUCUGCGUGCCCUCGUCACAUUUGAAGAGAGCAGAGUGGUUCAGAGCGUACUUCGUCAUCAUCCUCACAUUUUACAGCUGGAUGGCAUAAAAUAUGAGCUCUCCCUGAGCCUUCCAAGACAAGAGUCACUGAGUCUAAAUAAGGUGAUCCUCGAAAUGACUGUGACUAUAGAUUGCAGUCAACUUCCUCGAGGUGCAGAGGCUCUAAAUGUACUGCGCAGUGAGUUUCCAGGUCUACGUAUGCAAAAUGGCUUAUUACAGGACACGUGCACCUUGCAAGGCAACUACUCUGAUUUUCAAGGCGCCCUUGCUUAUAUGCAGACGUUAUUUAAUAAUCACCAUUCAAAAGCCGAAAAUCCCAAUUUGAGUGGAGACAGAGGUAAAAGUCUCGAGAAGAGGGAAGACCUUGCAAGUGUAAAGAAAUGGGCCCUAUUUGCAUCCCCAUCUGGAGAUGUCAGCUCUAUAGCCACGAGAGGUUUAGAGCAUUAUGGACUGCAAGACAGCAAUGAAACUCUCACUGAACGCACUACUCGGCCUAAGAAAAGCAAAAUGGAGGAGGGGGCAGAGUGCAGGAUAGACGAAGUGAAUUUGGAAGAUCUUUCAAUCAUCAUGGAAGCUGAUGUGUUUGCAUACCUGCAGAGCAUUAAGGACUUCAAGCAGAUACUGUGUCUUCAUGGAGUGGAAGCAGUUCACGUUACAUCCGAGGGGGUCACCACCCUGUACCUACAGUCAGAGGUCCCGACCGGGUCAGGGGUUAAACAGAACAUGCAUCAAGCUCAUAAGGAGCUGAGGCAGCUUUAUCAACAACUAGAGGGUUGUCUGAGAAAAGACCGGAUUCCAAAAAGUGGUGUUUACAUGCCAGACGGACUGACUUCAGCAUUAAAAAAGGUGCAGUUAGUACUGCCUAAUGUUCUGCUUAGCUACGACCAAGACAGCAUUUAUAUAGUUGGAGAAAAAAGUGAGGUAUCUCAGGCCAAACAAAUGCUACUGCUUGGUGGCGAGGAAGACGUGAUGCGGAACAUGACGGAAAUGCCUCCAUCCUCUUCCAGUUCUACAUCGACAUCUCUUGAAUCCUUGGAGAGAGAGCAACAGGUUAAGAGAAAAAGUGACGUACAUGCUCCGGUGCCCCCUAAACUGAUCGGCUCUAGCACUGAACGAAAAGGGGAGGUUGGGAUUGGGAAAGAAUACAAACUAGCGGCUCGGUUUAAGAGCUCUGGACUAGGAGAGAUGGGUGGAGACAUAAAGAGUCUGACGACUAAAAUAGACAGGCUAAUGUUAGACCCAACACCACCCACAAGGCCUUUGCUUGGUGCUGCAAGCGGGCUCAGUAAUGAACUGACAGGGGAAGGAACUGAAACAUUCAGGAUGACAAGUCCAAGCUGCACAGGAGAGGAUGUCCUGUUUAAAAACCAAGACUCGCUAUCCGUGAAUACAUUUGGUGGAGCCACCUUCAACACAUCCAAGGCCAGACCAACUACUCCCGCUGGACUCAUGUCAACACCGACCACAGGAGUCAAAGUUUCAGCGCACACAAGUGUGAAUGCUCUGCCAGCCAAUAAUACUGAAGUAAAGGGAGCUGCUCCCUCCUCAACACUACUGCCCACUUCCAGAUCCCCCUUAAGAAGAUCCAAUAGUUUCUCAGGUCGGCCAGUUCCAAAAGAGCAGGUGAUAAACAACCAGAUUACAGCUAAGCCAAUGAUUAGCAACUAUGCCCAUCAAAGAGCAAGAUCCAAUAGCCUCAGUGGCAGAAAACCCAAUGAAGAUUGUCCGAUUCCUACAGUGGAAGCAGAACUUACUGUGUCUUCUGUAAUGUGGAAGUACAUGAAGGAGGUCUACUGCAACCAGCUGGAUGCUAUAAAGUCUGACUUGCAAAUGACUGAGAAAGAGGCAGGGAAAAGUGACAUGAGUGUGACACUGAAGGGCACAGAUUCAUCAAAGGUUGGAGAAAGUCAUCGGCAGCUUCAGAAUCUAGUGGCUAUGGUAGCCAGUGAUUUUAUUGUGCAACAUUUAAGUUUGACAGAGCUUGGCAUAGUUGAAAAAGAUAAACUGUUUGAAACCUGCUGCUUGAAUGUGAAGUCACGUUUUCGCAUGGUUAUCUUGCACACCACAAAGAACAGCAUUUACUUGUUUGGCCCAAAAUUGCUCUGCUCUCAAGUCAGUGAUAUACUUAAGGGAAUAUAUAAUGGGCUGAAGUCUCCUUCCUUACCACCGAUGAAGACCUUGCAAGAGGGGGUAGAUCAAGGAGCAACCAUGUCUUCCUUGAGUGUACGGUCAACAAAAGCUGAUCACUUGAAGUCUGAUCAAACUCUUUUUCAGGAUACAAGUCAAGUGGUUCAGUCUAACAGCAGUCGCAAGAGUGGAGAUCAAUCAACCAAACUGAAAUCGGCUACAUUGGACAGGUUGGAAAAUGCUAGAUCUACAAAGGAUGAAUUAAGCAAGACAAACUCACUAAGCCAAUUUGCUAAAGAUGCAACGAGACAAAAAAAUGACGGGCCAACUUCUUUACCGCUUGAAGCACAUAAAAAACAAGAGCACUCAAUGACUUUGAAACAGACCAACCUUCGAUGUGUGUGCGGAGCAAAUAAUGCAAAUGCGAAACGGACCACCUGUGGUGUCAUCCUUUGCUCUGACUGCCUGCAACUGCAUAAAUUCUGCCGAGUGUGUGGAAAAGAAGGGAUGGACUCUCAGAAGAAGGUGCUGGGGGAUUCGGUUCAAAGUUCUGGCUCAAAGGAUACACAGCAAGACCAUCAGACUGGAGAGGAGCAUUUAGAACAAGAGGAGAGCAAAGAGCAUAAGGGCAUUCAAGGCACUAUGACAUGUGUGGAGUUGACAUUGAGUCUUGCAGGCUAUAGCAAAUACACAACGGUCAAGAUUACAUACUGCAUACCUGAUGGCAUACAAGGGGAUAAGGAUCCCUGUCCUGGGUCACCAUUCGAGGGUGGUCAAUUUGUGGCUUAUCUGCCACUCGACCCAAAGGGACGGAGUUUAUUGCCCUGCCUAGAAAAAGCAUUUAAUCGAGGCCUAACAUUUACUAUUAGCUCAAGCAAGAAGGCUGGUGGUGAUGCAAAAGUAACCUGGGGCUGGAUCCCCCACAAGACCAGGGUCGAUGGAGGGAAGAGUGGCUGUGGAUAUCCAGACUCUACAUAUCUUACUCGCUUGUGUGAGGCACUGGUGGCUCAUGGGAUUGAAGGAGUACCCGCGACUAGUCAAGAUCAAGCCAAAUCCUGACCUUGAGAACAAUGCAAAUCAUCAAGACAACAAAUUAUUAGUACACUGUGUAUUACUUCUUUUUAUAUAUUUCCUUUCUAUAAAUGUAAACCAGGAUCUAAAUAAUACAGAUCGCAAAAGACUACUCAGUCUUUUUCAUUUCUAUGCAGUAUUUCUGUUAACAGUUGUUUUGUACUUUUAUACUCGUUUUAGAUUGCCAUUGUCUUUGUAUAAUUGUUUUUUAAUCUUUAUCUGUGUAUAGCAUCAGUAACGCUCAACAUAAUGCUUUGUAUAUUCCGAAUCAGUUGAGUAUGCUUUUAAUUAGACAAUGAUCUUGUUUUAGAGGUUGUGUUUGUUAGUCACUGUGUAAUUAAAUUCAUCAGUCCAGCACAUUUCUCAUCUGUCAAAUACUUCCACCUAUUCAGCUUUAAAGGGGUCAUCGGAUGCCCGUUUUCCACAAGUUGAUAGGAUUCUUUAGGGUCUUAAUGAAAAGUCUAUAAUAUACUUUGGAUAAAAAUUCUCAAUGGUUGUGUAAAACAACACCCUUUUUACCUUGCCAAAAUCAGCACUGCAAAAAUCAUCCCAUUCUGGUCGAGUCUGCUUUAAAUGCAAAUGAGCUCUGCUCGCCCCGCCCCUCUCUUCUCUCUGUGGAGUGACGAGCCUGUUUACUUUAGCUGUUUUACGUGGUAUGGAUAUUAAAUCUGUGUAUUAUUUUGUUGUAAAACCAUAAAGUGUAUCAUAACAUGUAAUAGAUUUUGAGUAAGCAGUAGGUGGCUCACAAGAUUAUUUUUGCGGCCACAAUGCUAAGGCAUUAUGGGUAAUGCAAAUGUGUUCAUUCGAUUUUAAGGUUAUUAGGGCAUUGUAAGUUUUCAAGGGAGUACUGAAUACUGAGUGGGCAUCUACUUUAAACUCAUGUCUAAUAUUACCUUCUUAAUUUUUGCAUUGGUCGACGUACUUAAUGUUAUAUUUGUGAUGCAUAUUUUGUAUUAUUGGUAGACCCCAAACGAAAUAACCCUGUUAUGGUUAAUAUGUCUGUAGGCUGAAUAAAAUUAUUUCCGGGAAAAUGAGUUUUUACUG